GGCUUCCGUUCCAGGAGGGCGGGGCGGCAUUCCAAACGGAAGGUGGUUGUUGUCGGUGCCCAAGCUGGUUUGAAACUGGGGGUCGGGCCCCGAGGACGUCGUUUGUUGCUGAGGCCCCACUUGCGGGCUAGGCCGUGCUUGCCCGCCCCCACCCCCCCACUCCUCCUCCCUGCCGACUCCUGGGUCCCAGGCCCGGCUCCCCGCCUGAUUCGCGCCCAGCCCGCUGCAGCUCUCGCCAGCUCCGCGGCCCAGCUGCCACCAUGUCCCUGCACGGCAAACGGAAGGAGAUUUACAAGUAUGAAGCGCCCUGGACCGUCUACGCCAUGAACUGGAGCGUGCGGCCCGACAAACGCUUCCGCCUGGCGCUGGGCAGCUUCGUGGAGGAGUACAACAACAAGGUUCAGCUUGUUGGAUUAGAUGAGGAGAGUUCGGAAUUUAUUUGCCGAAACACCUUUGACCAUCCGUACCCCACCACAAAGCUCAUGUGGAUCCCUGACACAAAAGGUGUCUAUCCAGACCUACUGGCGACAAGUGGUGACUAUCUCCGUGUGUGGAGGGUUGGUGAAACAGAAACCAGGCUGGAAUGUUUGCUAAAUAAUAACAAGAACUCAGAUUUCUGUGCCCCCCUGACCUCCUUUGACUGGAACGAAGUGGACCCUUAUCUUUUAGGUACCUCAAGCAUUGACACAACUUGUACCAUCUGGGGACUGGAGACUGGGCAGGUGUUGGGACGAGUGAAUCUUGUAUCCGGCCAUGUGAAGACCCAGCUCAUCGCUCAUGAUAAGGAGGUCUAUGAUAUUGCAUUUAGCCGAGCUGGAGGUGGCAGGGACAUGUUUGCCUCUGUGGGCGCUGAUGGCUCUGUGCGGAUGUUUGACCUCCGCCAUCUGGAACACAGUACUAUCAUUUAUGAAGACCCACAGCAUCACCCACUGCUUCGUCUCUGCUGGAACAAGCAGGACCCUAACUACCUGGCCACUAUGGCCAUGGAUGGAAUGGAGGUGGUGAUUCUGGAUGUCAGAGUUCCUUGCACACCUGUUGCCAGGUUAAACAACCACCGAGCGUGUGUCAAUGGCAUUGCUUGGGCCCCACAUUCAUCCUGCCACAUCUGUACUGCAGCGGAUGACCAUCAGGCUCUCAUCUGGGACAUCCAGCAAAUGCCCCGGGCUAUUGAGGACCCUAUCUUGGCCUACACAGCAGAAGGAGAAAUCAACAACGUGCAGUGGGCGUCAACUCAGCCCGACUGGAUCGCCAUCUGCUACAACAACUGCUUAGAGAUACUCCGAGUGUAGUGUUGGUGGUGCCUAGCCCCACCAGGCAGGGGUGUGUGUGCUUUCCACCUCUGCCUACCCCCCAAGUAAGAAGAACAUGUUUCCAGUGGCCAGUAUGUCUGUCAUUGCUUUGCACCCACUGUUUCCAGAAGCUGCUUUAGGAGUUCCUGGCCAGUUAGCACUCAAUGUCUGUGAUGGACUCAGUGCUAUGUGGCGCCUCUCAGCCCAGGACUGAGUUUUUAAGAUUUUUCUCUCCUUUUCUCCCUUGCUUCUGCAAUUAAACAUUUCUAUAUAUUUGUUUGUCAGCUAUUGUGUUCAUGAGCAGUACAAGCACUGCUUCUGUUUCUAGCCAUCUGCCCCAGAUGUCUCUUCUAUCUCUCUGCUGCCCAAGGCAGCCAUCCAUGUAUUGUCCCCGUCCAUGUCUGUGUUAGCACUUAAGUGGGAACAAAUAACUAAUUUGAAGUUGUCUUUCCUCUGGUAUCAGUGUCUUUAAACAAAUCUGAACAUUUGUCUGUUUUUUAAUCUAUCAGGCUAUUUUUUUUAAAUGAAAAGAAUUUUACUCCUUCUGGUUUCUUUUCUUUGUUUUCUAGUCCUCCCUCUGCACCUUCUUCUCUUCCCUCAGUGCCUAGAGCAGAUAUGGGCCCUUGACCCCAAGAGCAGUUUACCUUCCCAAGUCACUGCCUGAGUGACUGGGAGUCCUGAACUGCCCUGGUGCUCUGCAGUCCAUUGACCCACCAACCUGGUUCUUCUCAAGAUCUUUCUGGGCUCUAGGACACUCACAGGAAGCCUUCUGUUACAUCCUGGAGUUCUGUCCAGCCACACUGAUACCUGUUGGGCAUGUGAUAGAACUAGAAUAAGCAGCUGACUUGGACUCCCGGGCUGGAGGAGAAUCAUUUCAGAAAAGCAGAGCUUAUAGUAUGUUUCCUAGUACCUUGUAUCAGAGUAUUUUUAUCUUCUCAUUACAAGCUCCAGGCUAUUCCAUUUUAGGACUUGAAUGAUAGGCAAGAAUGAUCUCUUAGCUGAGCUUCAAUACUUAGGUUAAUUGAGUUUCCUGUGCCUGAUGGGAUAUUGAUGCCUCUUUGGAUUGAGUGCUGGGUGAAGGGAGUCAGAGGGACAGAGCUUCCAGCUCUGAACAAGAGAUAAGCAGUUCUUGUAAGGACUGAACUAAUUCGCUGAGACUAUCUCAGACCACCUAAAUAAAUAUCUACAAAAGAGUCAUAGGCCCUGGGAUCGGCCAGCCAAGCCUCCACCCAUACCUGUGAAACCUGCCCCGACCCUAGUUUGUUUUUUGGAUUUUUGAGCAGUAUUGGACUUGAAAGCUGCAGUUGGCUAUGUUGACUUACAGGCUGCUGGUGUCUGUUUCCGUUAGAUGAGUGGGUUCCACAGAGGGGCUUGUGUGUGAUUCUAAUUUAAUGCAUUCCUGGAGCUGGCAGAAUUUGGAACAUGUUCUGGGGAGGGUUUGCCUGGCUCAUCAUGUUUUGCCAAGUGCCUAAAGGCUUUUUAGACCCUCCAAGUUGCUCAUCUGAAAUGAGGAGAGCAGCAGGCCCUCAAGGCUGAUGGGUUUAGUCCACUUAGGCUCUCACCUACUCAAGAAUUAAGGUUCACUUCCUCCUUCUAUACCCUUAAACUCUUUCUGGGUGAGUCUUCCCUGUCUGUAGUGAUGUAGUUCUAUGCCAAAAGUUAAUAGCUUGUUUUAUUACACAAGCACUUGUCCCAAAGGAAAGGCUUUCUUAGGCAUUUCCCUUUGGCCUCCUUACUUCAUCAUUCUGAUUUGCUUUGGCUGGCUGUCUUCCUUGAGUUUGACCCGCCUGCAUUUCCCACCCAGUUUUCAGUACAUCAUCUGGAGACACUGUGUAGUUCUUGGUUCCACCUGUCUUCUCAAGAAUUGCAAGUCUGAGUGGUAUCUUCUGCCUUGGAGGUCUUCAGUUCCUCCUGUGAAGGAGGUCUGCAGUGGAAGUCAGAGGACCCACAGGGCUGAUCAUGCUGGUGAGGACUUGGCGUCACUGAGUUCCCAGUGAACUUUAACAUGGUCUCAAUGGCAAAGAGAUUAGUCAGCUAGAACUCAAUAAUUUUUUAAAUCAAUGAUUAUAGAAUAGAUAUAGAUGGGGUAGUUACUUACUUUGGAAACCAAACACUUGUGUUGCUCUCUUCCUUGCCUUAUGGGCUUGUAGACAUUAACCUUCCUUAGGUCCUCUGUACCCCACCUAGGACCCAAGCAAGACUCUCCUGCCUCCCUGGGCAAACACACGUACAUCUGUAGUUGCUGGCACCUUUAGGUCCCAGCUCUCUCCUUUCCCCUUUAUAGCACAGGCAGGUGCCCUGUUGCUGAGGAGGGGAUUUCUGUAGUCUCAGGAUAUAGCUAUGUGCCAGCAGGCACAAAUCUAGUCACUUCAAAGGCAAGUCUGUUUAUAAAGUUGUUCCAGUUCUCACUCUUGACAGCCAGUGAGACUAGCCAAGGUCUCCUGGUCUUCUGCUCUCUUCCUGUGUCUGUCUACUUUAUCAUAAGGGCCACAUAAACACACCUGUGGCUCUAGACAGCUUUGCUGAUGCUUUGACUUGCUCUCAGCUUGCUGAGCUGCAGACCUACUGCCUGUGCUUUCUUGGGUCUCUACUAGCAGAAGGUUAAGUGGGUGAAUGAAUGAGGCAUUGAUAGACUUGAGGACCCCACUUAGGAUUUUAGAGCCCUGUCUUUGCGAGGAGAAGCUAGCCUACAAGGUUAGCACUUAAAGACAGACAAGAUCUGGUUAGUGGGUGAGAACUUUCAUAAGCCAGAUCAGCUACUGGAGAACUGACUUAGAUUUAGGAAGAAGAGAAAAAAAAAAAUCAGAAUCCCCACCAUGUUUUAUUACACCUAAUGGCUAAAUAUAUAAGAAGAGAUUAAAAGUUGUGGUUGAGUCAUUGGUGUUUCCUUGGAUCAAAAGACGAGAUACAGUGAGGGUCUUAGGGAAGAAAACCCUGCGACUGUCACAUGGUUGUGGGGUAACACUUGUUAGCCUUCCACUAAUCAGGCAUCAGUGGGUGGCACUGAAUAAUGGAUAUGAGGAGAGCCUGGCAGAAGGAGCUCUUUCCCUCAAUAAGGCAGCCAUAGUGAUGACAUGGCAAAAUCCUGCCAGUGUUGGUUGUCUUGUGACUCUUCCCAACUAUGGUUCUUCUUGGUUGUAGAUGUGUUUAAUGGUGGCAGACAAUCAUGCAGACCUUGUCCUGUCCUUUUUUUUUCUCUUUUCCCUUACCUUUCUUCUGUAGAACUUUGUCCCUCUGUAGCCGAGGCCCCAAAUUUCUAGGUUAUAAGGAGUUUUGGAAGUCCCAACAUGUACCAGCCGUGAAAGGGCAGUCCAGAACUGCCCCUCCUUCCUCAUUUGGAGCAUGUAGCAGCUCCUUUGACUGCUGGCUUGGGGUAGGGAACUGUUGAAGUAGAAGCCCCCAAGCAUACUUUACCCUUCACUGUAUGCACUCCAGGACAAGGAACGAGAGUCAAUCUUGGUAGUUAGCUUGAGUUUUCUGGGAAGAGGGCUGAACUGAGAAAAGUCACUAUGAAACCCUAGGCCAGGUUUUCUGAGGGUCUUCUCUGCCCUGGCUGGGCAGCUGCUGAGAGUAUCUUGUGUUGCAGAGCCUUGCUCACCUCCCCUCCUGCACCCUCUCCUCCUCCCACAUUGUUAUUGCUGCUAAUGGUCAAAGUCAAAUGUAUGGUCAUAUGGGAUGAGUCAGGGCCCAGCUACUUUCUGGAUAUCAUUUUUUACAUAUGGAAACAUGCAGGUGCCUUCCCAAAGAGGCUUGGACUUGAAUGUCAAACCAGAAAGAAAAAAGCUAAAGGAAGUUUGAAUCCAGAAGAAAGAUGUUGACAGUAUGUGUGACAGCUGGAAAAUGGCUGAGCGCCUACCUUUGGGACAACCCAGGGAAGAGGAACUUGUGAAAUCUACUGUUUAAAAACAUGGUCUCACCUUGGGUUGUUGUGGCAUACGAUGUGUUAUAAAAAUUGUUGAGCUAAAGCUUUGAAUCACUUUAGUCGAGUAUGAAUCACUUGCGUUGAUUCCUGUGUAUUUUAUGACCCCUCUGUUGUGACUUUCCCUCACCUCCCUCUCUUGAGUGUGAAUUUGUAGCAUGACUGUAUAAACUUCUGUGUAGGAAAUGGAGACUUCUCAUUCUCCAAAAUGUUAAGCUCUAACCAAUCCAUUUCUGUGCCCUUUAGCGUCAUGUGUCUGAACUUACUUUCUUGUUAUAUAUUUAAACUUUGACUCUAUCCUAUAGGUUUUGUGGCACCCCCUGGUCAGGUGGAGAGGAAACUACCCCUUACCUUACAGAACUGUACUGUAUCCAUUUUUCUUUUAUAAAUAUCAUUUUCACAAGAUUGAUUGUACACAGGGCUUGUAAUAAAAAUUUAACACUGUGCUGUGAAACCAUGCUGAGGACUCUCCACUGAAAGCUAUUUCAAGGCACUGAAAGUGGAGCGUUCUUUCUGUGACUUUGCUUCUUUCCUAAGUAUAUUAAACCUAAUGAUCACCCUUUUAUUCUGUUUCAGCCUCCUGUAUAAGAAGUACCGUAUUUUCUGCCCAUUAUACUUUGUAAUAAAACUUGAACAUGUAUAGAUUGAA